CUGUUUAUCAAUCAUGUCUGGACGUGGUAAAGGCGGCAAAGGACUUGGUAAAGGCGGUGCCAAACGGCAUCGGAAGGUGCUUCGGGACAAUAUCCAGGGCAUUACUAAGCCUGCUAUCCGCCGCUUAGCUCGGCGUGGGGGUGUGAAGCGUAUUUCGGGGCUUAUCUACGAGGAGACUCGCGGAGUCCUGAAAGUGUUUCUGGAGAACGUGAUCCGGGACGCCGUCACUUACACCGAGCACGCCAAGAGAAAGACCGUCACAGCCAUGGACGUGGUCUACGCUCUGAAACGCCAGGGCCGCACUCUGUACGGUUUUGGCGGCUAAACGCCUACAUAGAGUACAUGGUUCGCUCCGAUUUCCCAAAGGCCCUUUUCAGGGCCGCCUACGUUCUCUUUAAAAGGAGUUGUGAUUGUUUCUUUUGGCGGUUGGCAGUCUUGAGUGAAGCGGCAAGUCGUGAGUGCUUCUUGAAACUUUAGCUCCAUCCCUUAACAAGUUAAUACCCAUUUUACGCUUAAAAUCCUUGCUGUUUUAUAAAUUCCAUCGUCUUUUCUCUAGUAGAGCCAAUAGCCACGGUAGUAAGAGAAUAUGGUCAAUGCUAACAAGACCUAAGUUAGGGGGCCGGUCUGCAAUUUUUAAGCUUAGGCUGAAGGAAAAGUCCAUUGCUAACUGGAUUUCACUUGCAGAUUCAUACAUUUUUUUUACUUGAGCUUCAGAAGAUAAGCCCAUCUUCUUCUACAAUGCAUGAACCUCUGUUUAGAACUUAAGCCCCACAUCUAGAAAUUUUGAUAAAAUGCAACUUCCUUCAAAUUUCCUGGAGAAGGAAACAGCUCAAAAAUUAAGUGACUUGCUCAAAGGCCUUCCAAGGUGGGAUUCUAAGAUAAAUGUAGUAUUUUAGCCAUUAAACCUCACUGUCUCCUCAAAGUGGGCUGCAAGCCUGGAAACCUCAACUCCCCUCUGACUGCUCCUCAGACCUUAGGCAACUCACAGCCUUUUGGGCCCUCAUUUUCUUUCUCAGUCACCUUUAAGUCACAUCUUUUAGUGGGGAACAGA